AUGUCAUUCGACAUAACGGCACCGUUUCAAGCCGGAUUUAGCACCCGUGACCAGAUAGAACAUCGCCAUAAAGUCCAUCCUGUGCAAAUAAUUGCUCCUCUUUCAUCUCAACCUAAUCGUUAUAAAUUUUUGGAGAAUUCACUUACUUCUGUGGUAAUAAUUAGUGUAGCAGGUGCAUUUCGAAAAGGCAAAAGUUUUCUGCUUAAUAUAUUUCUCGAUUACUUGUAUAGCUUACAAAAAUCGCAACAGAAUGAUACAACUUUGGAAUGGCUUUUGGAUGAUUCUCACUUAGGAGGCUUUCAUUGGAGACCCGGGAUGAAGCGUGACACAGCAGGAAUAUGGAUUUGGGGUGAACCAAUAAUGAUUGAAGCAGCAAACGGUGAAACAUAUGCUGUUGUAUUGAUGGAUACACAGGGUACAAUAGAUAAUGCAGCACUACCAUAUCAAAUGUCCAGUACCAUCUUCGCAUUGUCAACUCUGUUUAGUUCGAUACAAGUUUAUAACAUCGUUGAAACAAUACUUGAAGAAUCACUUUCAAAUUUAUCACUUUUUGUUGAGUAUGGACGAUUAGUAUUAGAUGAAGCUAACAAGUUCAAACCACCUUUUCAGACAAUUGUUUUUGUUGUCCGAGAUUAUAAAUCAUCCGAAGAAUGCUCAUAUGGAUUUGAAGGUGGUAUGGAAUACCUCAAAACAAUGCUCCAAACAUCAUCAUCUUAUCAGUCAAAUGAAUUGAGGGCUGUUCGAAGGGAAAUUCAAAGUUGUUUCGAACAAACGUUAUGUUUUUUAUUACCACAUCCAGGUCAUCGAGUUGCAGAUCAUGAAUCCUUCAGAGGGCUUGUAAAAGAUAUAAAACCGUUGUUUAAAGAGGAGGUGAAAAAAAUGACCGCACAUCUUUUGAAUCCACAAGCAUUGCAACCAAAAAUCGUAAACGGAAAGACGGUGACAUGCAGGAAAAUCACGGAUAUGUUCAGGGAGUUUGCCAAGACAUUCGACAGUUGUGUGAUACCGGAGCCACAAAUGAUCUUAGACACAAAUGCCCAAUUAAUAUAUUUGGAAGCAGCAAGUGAAGCAAAAAUAGCAUAUGUCCGGGGAAUGGAUCGGAUUUGUUUAAAAUCAGGAAUGUUACCGGAAAAAAGACUUCAUGAAGCACACAUUAAAUAUGGUAUUAUAGCUUUGAAUAUUUUUGAAAAAUAUCCAAAGAUGGGAAGCAGUGAAGUUCGAUCCAGAAAUCUCUCAACGCUACAACAAAAUCUAAAUAGCGAAUUAGAGAAGUACAAGCGAUUGAACAAAGAGAAACGUGUGACAAGUUGUGUGUCACGUAUGAUCGCAUGUGGUGAUUCCGUAUUUUUCGGUAUGGGUCUUGGAUCAGCUGCAUCAGCAGCUAUCGGUGGAGCAGUAUUAACGUUACAAGCCGGAAUGGUAAGUGCUGGUGUGAUUGCUAUACCGGUUUCACUUACAGCUUUGCUAGCAAUUUGGGCUUAUGUUUAUUAUAAGCCUAAAAUUCGCUCAUGUUUUCGUCAUAACUGUCAAAGCGUCUAA